AUGAUUGCAAUAAUCAUUUUCAGGCUAUUUGAGCUGGUUUUGCUAUUCUGGGGUGUUGUUGCUUCAGUAGCAUUCUAUAUCUCACGAAAUCGAUUCAACAAGCUUGGAAUACGAUCUUUAUCGGCACCCUCUACAGUAGAGAUCAAGUUACAACAAUCACCAACAAGAUUUACCGGUUUUGAUUUGUUUGUUUUGUCGUUAUCGGUCUUGUGCAAGUAUAUCCCUUUCACAAAAGGCUAUCAUAAUGAGCUAAUCCCGCACAAGGAUAAACAACAAGCAUUCGAUUUACCCCUAAUUCAGGUCAGUGGACCGCUACGAUUCGAUCAAUCGGACAUUCAAAGAUUCCAAAGAGCACUUCAACCCAAUGUCAAAGGCAGAAAGCCAGAGAUUGAUGAUGAUGGUCCCGCAAACAGUCUAUUUCUGGUCGCUUUGACUGCACCUCUAGUGAUCUAUGUCCUUGCUUUACAUGCAUCUCCCAUCAAACCACUAGGAGCGGUUAAUACACGAAAUGCGUUUCACUAUCACGAUCCUGCGAUGUGCAAUGACAUAACAAAACUCUUACAAGCAUCCAAUGAAGGUCGACUGCAAGUAUCAGCACGAUUUGGAGGACCGCAAAAUCCAGGCAUACGCAAGAAACGUGGGAUGGAUUUCAGUAUGAUCAUUGAGGUACGCAAACAUGAAGAAGUUCUGUUCACUCAAGAACUACACUUUUUGCAAUUCCUUAAAUCCGGACAGAAGCCCAAAUUUGAUCCUGAGCAGCGUCAGUCUGAACAAAAUAACGAUGAAGAUAUGGAAGAUCAGGAUUCGUUGGAAACAUGUGCUCUUCCGCGGUUCGAUGUUACCACGCCAAGACUGUGGGCAAGCAGCUGUGGGGAUUACAACCCAAUCCAUAUUCUACCCCUAGCUGCGGUAUUGUUUGGAUUCCCGUCCGUUAUAGCACAUGGAAACCAUGUCGUUGCUUUGGCCGUUGAAGAAGCAAGGCUUAAAGAUCAACAAAGGUUCAAUGAAGCACAUCAGAUAUUGUACGGACGCAAACCAUUCACACUUGAUGUUCAAUUUAUCAAACCGAUGGUCUUGCCGGCAACUUUUCACGUAGCCUGGCAAGUCAGAAGGAACGCAGAAGGGGUCAGACUGAUUGUCAUGAAAGGCGAUCGAGAUUGUGUGAUUGGGUCAUGCUAUGUUGACUAG